AUGGCGUGGUUCUCUCGCCUCCUUUUAGGUGCACUUACAGAGUGCUAUGACGAACUGGGAAACAGAUACCAGCUUCCUGUCUACUGCCUGGCCCCACCUAUCAACAUGAUUGAAGAGAAGGGUGACCUAGAGACUCUGGAUAUUCCUGACCCACCACCCAACUCUGGCCAUGAAUGCCAGCUUCGCUUACGCCUUUCCACAGGCAAAGACCUCAAACUUGUAGUCCGCAGUAUGGACACUGUGUAUCACAUGAAAAGAAGACUGCACACAGUGGAGGGUGUGGAGCCCAGCAGUCAGCGGUGGUUUUUUUCAGGCAGGCCAUUGGCAGACAAAAUGAAACUGGAGGAACUCAAAAUACCAAGGGACUAUGUGGUGCAAGUCAUUGUGAGCCAGCCCGUAAACCCCACCCCAGUGGAAAAUUGACUUUGCCUGUUUGUCUCUCCUUUCUUCCUCUCACUGUUUUUAUCAUGUGAGAACUUUUUUCACUCUUCCCCUGCCCCCUCCUUCUAUCCUGUUAAUUAAUUGGUUCCAAGCAAUGACCAGCAAAAAUUCCAUCUGUGAUGGAGCUUUAGGGGACGGACACACACACAGUCUAGAAACUACCCCAAAGAGUUUGUCCAGUUUUAAUGUUCAA